UAUAAAGAAAAUCCUAAUUCAAUAAUUGAAGCAUCUAUAUCUAUAUCUGCAAUAUCAAUUCCAAUAACAACAAUAGCAGCAACAACUGUAGUAGCAAGCACUUCAACACCAAUACCUACAACAAUAUUUGUAACAACAUCUACACCAAUAUUUGCAAUACUACUUGCAGUAACAACUACAACAACACUUGCAACAAUACUUACAACAAUAUCUGCACCAAUAUUAACAACUGAUUCUAUAAUAAUAUUACCAACAACAACACCAUCUCCAGCAAGUUUAGAAUUAGUAUCAACAUCAGCAUUAAAUAGAUUGCAAUCAUUUAUUUCAACAAUAUUAUCAACACAAAAUCAAAGAAGAGAAUUAGAUAAAUAUCAGCAUAGAAAUAGUAAAUUACAACAAAAUAGUCAAUUUAGAAAUAUUGCAAGAUGUAGUUUGGAUGAUUUUAAUAUUGAAUUAGAAGAUGGCUUUGAUCUUUCUAUUUGGCAAUAUAAGCUUACAUUACUUGAACCACCUCCACUAGCUAUAUCACAGUUAUUAACUAGAUUUGAUAUUACUACUGGUGAGAGAUUUGUUCAAAAUAUAAGGUUCUAUAAUUCAGCUUUUGCUUUUACAUCUUUAGGUUCUUUAAUAUCACCAAGUGGGCAGCCUAAAUUUGCACAAAUUUAUUUCUAUGAUGGUAAUUUUGAUACCCAGUUUGUAUUAAAAAAUAAAGCAUCUCCAAAUUUAAAUUUGGAUAUGAUGAGAUCUUUACAAACUGAACUUGAUCAUAUUAAUCCUUUUGUUCAAAUAUUUCAAAGUGCUAGAUGGCAGACUACAAGAAAUCUUGCUUUAAAAUUAAAAUUUUCUAAUGUAUCUUCUCAAGAUAUGAGAAAUUAUAAUUUACCAGUUGCUUCUGAAAUUGCUGCUAUAAUUACUGAAGAUGAUACAAUUAAUUCAG